CUGGAGAGACUACUGAGGUCUCGGCAGAAUCACCUCCUUCGUGACUGGUACUGAGUUCGGGCGUAUUCAAGCUCGCGAUCUUCGAGACAUGUACGCUAGCGUCGAUGACAUUGACCUGUACAGUGGAGGUAUUGCUGAAGCUCCUUUUUCGGGAGCAGCAGUAGGAAUUACUUACAUCUGUCUGACCGGAGAACAAUUCAAGAAACUGAGGGAUGGGGACAGGUUCUGGUUUGAAUCUACAGACUCCGACACUGGCUUCACGUCCGAUCAAAUAACGCAGUUAAAAAGGGCGUCUUUAGCUCGCAUCAUCUGUAACAAUGCCGACAAUAUCAGCACUAUCCAGCGUCAGGCCUUCAUCAACGCUAACGUGGGAACUAAUAACUAGGUGGACAACUGCUCUGAGCUGAAUGAAGUGCGACUUCGGAGAUGGAGAGAAUAUUGAACUGAGGAUUCCUAUGACCUUACAACACUGUGUCAGCUCUGUCAAUAAAAUAUCAACU